AUGGACAGCCAGCUCCUGCCUGUGCUGCUGCUGCUUGGAGCCUUGGGCCCUUGGGGACAGGGACAGGGGCCUGAGGGUUCCUCAGAGGAGCUUCUGGAGGAGCCCCCUGAGGAGGUGCCCAGGGAGGAUGGGAUCUUGGUGCUGAGCCGCCACAACCUGGGCCUGGCCCUGCGGGAGCACCCUGCCCUGCUGGUGGAGUUCUACGCCCCGUGGUGUGCGCACUGCAAGGCGCUGGCCCCCAAGUACCACAAGGCGGCCACCCUGCUAGCGGCUGCAUCGAUCCCGGCCACGCUGGCCAAGGUGGACGGGCCUGCGGAGCCAGAGCUGGCCGAGGAGUUCGGUGUGACGGAGUACCCCACGCUCAAGUUCUUCCGUGACGGGAACCGCACACACCCAGAGGAGUACACAGGCCCCCGGGAGGCGGAGGGCAUCACCGAGUGGCUCAGAAGGCGGGUGGGGCCCAGCGCUACGCGGCUGGAGGACGAGGCAGGCGUCCAGGCGCUGGUGGGUGCCCACGAUGUGGUGGUCAUCGGCUUCUUCCAGGACCUGCAGGACGAGGAUGUGGCCACCUUCUUGGCCCUGGCCCAGGAUGCCCUGGACAUGACCUUUGGCCUCACUGACCAGCCACAGCUCUUUCAGAAGUUUGAUCUCACCAAUGACACCGUGGUCCUCCUCAAGAAGUUUGACGAGGGGAGGGCGGACUUCCCCGUGGACAAGAAGCGCGGCCUGGACCUGGUGAACCUGUCCCGCUUCCUCGUCACUCACAGCAUGCACCUGGUCACCGAGUUCAACAGCCAGACACACCCCAAGAUCUUCGCUGCCAGGAUCCUCAACCACCUGCUGCUGUUUGUCAACCAGACGCUGGCUCCACACAGGGAGCUCCUGACAGGCUUUGGGGAGGCGGCUCCCCCGUUCCGGGGGCAGGUGCUGUUUGUGGUGGUGGACGUGGCUGCAGACAAUGACCACGUGCUGCGGUACUUCGGCCUCAAGGCCGAGGCGGCCCCCACCCUGCGCCUGGUCAACAUCGAGACCGCCAAGAAGUACGCGCCGGUGGACGGGGAGCCCGUCACUGCGGCCUCUGUGGCUGCCUUCUGCCGCGCGGUCCUCACCGGGCACGUGCAGCCCUAUCUCCUGAGCCAGGAGGUGCCCCCGGACUGGGACCGGCGGCCAGUCAAGACCCUCGUGAGCAAGAAUUUCGAGCAGGUGGCUUUUGACGAAACCAAGAAUGUGUUUGUCAAGUUCUAUGCCCCGUGGUGCGCCCACUGCAGGGAGAUGGCCCCGGCCUGGGAGGCGCUGGCUGAGAAGUACAAGGACCACGCGGACAUCGUCAUUGCCGAACUGGAUGCCACGGCCAACGAGCUGGAAGGCCUGGCCGUGCCCGGCUUCCCCACCCUCAAGUACUUCCCCGCAGGGCCAGGCCGGAAGGUGAUCGAAUACAAAGGCACCAGGGACCUGGAGACCUUGUCCAAGUUCCUUGACCACGGGGGCGAGCUGCCCACGGAGCCCACGGAGGAGCCUGGAGCCCCCGUCCCGGAGUCCCCAGCCAACUCCACCGCGGGGUCCAAGGAGGAGCUGUAGCUGCCCCC